UUUUUUCAUAUUUUUCAUAAUUAAAUACAUUAAGGCUGACUCUGGUGUGCCUGUAAUGGAGGCGAAGGGGGUUAAAACACAUGACAAGAACAAAAAUCGAAACAGAAAGUGAACCAUCCUCACAAGGAAUGCAUAGUUGAGCAUUUGGGUCGUGUCUAUUUUUGUUUGGUAUGUAAUGCUCGAGGAUAAUCUGCGCUCCCUUUUCUGAGAAGGAAAAGAAUCAACUUUUAUUGCUCGUCUUUCUGGACUGACUUUUGUAUUCCAGCUGGGUGUGUCAAGCAUUGGUUGAAAGCAAAAAAAAAAAGGGUGAGCUGACUCCAACGUGUGGAUUAUGGAUUAGUAACUGAAUUACAGUGAAUUCUGUUCAUUUUUUUUGACCCCGUCAACUAGAUUUACUUUGUGGGGAAUUUCCCUAGAUGAUGAGGUAGUAGCAUGAAGUAUUUUGAGUGGCAGCUGCUGGUUGAAAAUCGGUGGCAGAGGAUCGACAACGACCAUGUCAUCGAGGCUCACUACUGCCAGCCUGGAGCCAAGGGAAUUACCAUCAACACAAGCAUGGGAAAGAUAUUCAUAGAUUUUGACACAUUGGAGACAUCGAAUGAAGAUUUCCGAGUUCAGAGACUCUGCCUCCUGCCUUCUGACCAAGAAGAAGAAGUGGGCUGGUAUUUCAGGGAUGACCACCUGUGGUGUGAAUAUGGAUCCAAGGGCCCCGGCACGUCCAUCAGCAGUAAAGACAUCGAGCAUCACUUCACUUUGUAUCCUCAGGGGAGCCUCAGGUUUACCGUGGGUUCCAACGGCUACUCAAUGGAUUUUUCCACUAUGACCCAAAAAAACCUCGUCACAGGCUUGCAGAGGAAUAUUCGCAGGCGUCCAAAAUUCCCCUCCAACACUGCGGGACUUUACACCACCACAGUCCUGGCUGGGCCAACUCAGCUGUCUGCGCCAGGCUCUAAGUGGGAGUUUAUGGGAGAUCAGGGGCAGUGGACAGAAUAUCAGGCACAUGUACAUCUGCUCAUGCGACAGCUCCGAUAUAGAACGAGAAUACAAGCUGAACCCACAGGGCAAGCUCCACUUCACCACCCACAAAUACUCAUACACACUGGAUUUUUCAAGAAUGUGUCAAGUCAACCAUGUUUUUGGGACAACUAGAGCAGUGAGGAGGACUGCUGGCUCUAGAGUACAACCAGGCAACAGGAAAACCCGUGUAGCAUUUCCAGUCAGGACAUUGAACUCCAGCUGACUUUUGACACCACGGACUUCAGCUUCAAACGGACAUUUUUGAAAGUAUUGAAACUUUGAUUUUUUUUUUUAACAUCUGCACUAAAUCAUGUGUUUUUGUGGCCAUGACUCAGAGGAACCUGUCCACAAACACGGGCAGAGCUGGGAGAAGAACUCAGCAGUGAAUGAGAGGAUGAACGUCCUGUCUCAAAACCCUAAUAUUUCCUUUAUAAACAAGAUCUCUACUCGUUUGGUGCAUUUACAGCUUAAGUUACUUUAAUAUCUAACACACGAUGAAACAAUCUAAUUUAAAUCUUUAUCUAAACUAUGUAUAUUUUUGCUGUUUUAACCAGAAACACUGAUAUUUCUCUCAAAUUAAAAUGUAAAAUAAUUCAUUCAUAGGUCUAUUUGACUACAUAAAUAGAUGUAUUUGUCAUGAUUUUUCUCCCCUUUGUAAAUAAAAGUUCCUAUUAGGUGUGAUCAAUCUAACGAAUAAAGACAAUUUUCUAUGGAA